AUGUAUAAUAAAAUUUCGGAAAUUGAUACUAUCGGCGAAUCAUUGUCAAAAAGUUGGUUUAUCGGAGAAAUGAUAGGAUUAAUCGAAUUUUGUAGAUAUGUUUAUGAGGACCAAGCUGGUGAAGAAAAAACAGCUACCAAUGCUUCUCCUCCACCGGAAACAGCUACCAAUGCUAUUCCUCCACCGGAAACG